AUGUUGAAUGGAGCAACUUACCCAACUCUGGUAAAAGAUUUUUGGGUUAGAGCAGAAGUGUAUGAUGAGUAUUCUGCACAAGAUGAAGAAAGAAAUGUUGUAGAAAAAGACAGAAGCUUGAAAGGAAAAUCAAGAGCAGAAAUGGGUUUGAAGGAGUUCAAAGGUGUGGAAAUAAGAUCUGAUGUAAUGGGCCUGGAUAUCAAUGUAACUCAAGAGAAUAUUGUUCAUCUAAUUGGGGCUGAAAAUAAAGGAAUGGUGAUAAUCAACAAAAAGGAUGGAGGAUAA